UUUUUUUUUUUUUUUUUUUUGCCUCCUACUUCUGUCUUGAAGCCAGACAAUCGACUUGCAGCUCUCCCUCCCCUCCCUCUCUCCACAUUCUGCUCCCACUCGCUCUCCCCUGUCCCCUUGCCCUUCCCUCUUGACGGAAAGCCCCCCCGAAACCAACAAAGCUGAGCCGAGGGAAACAAACAAAACAAACACACCGGGCCAGACAAGCAAUCGACAAAACUUUCCAAAAGCAAAAACAAAAAAGGAAAAACUAACCAACCUCAACCAACUAGCCCUGAGCCACCCGGGGCGCCCUCCCGCGCCCUCUCGUACCCUUGCACACACAAAAGGCGGCGCGCCGGAGCCCGAGACCCGGGAGCCGCCGCCACCCCGCCGCCGCCCGCAGCCAGGGGAGCAGAAGUCCGGACGCGGCCCCCAUAGAUAUGGCAAUGGUAGUCAGCACGUGGCGCGACCCCCAGGACGAGGUGCCGGGCUCUCAGGGCAGCCAGGCCUCGCAGGCGCCGCCCGUGCCGGGCCCGCCGCCUGGCGCCCCGCACACGCCACAGACGCCGGGCCAAGGGGGCCCGGCCAGCACGCCGGCCCAGACAGCAGCUGGCGGCCAGGGCGGCCCUGGCGGCCCGGGCAGCGACAAGCAACAGCAGCAGCAGCACAUCGAGUGCGUGGUGUGCGGGGACAAGUCAAGCGGCAAGCACUACGGCCAAUUCACGUGCGAGGGCUGCAAGAGCUUCUUCAAGCGCAGCGUGCGGAGGAACCUGAGCUACACGUGCCGCGCCAACCGGAACUGUCCCAUCGACCAGCACCACCGUAACCAGUGCCAGUACUGCCGCCUCAAAAAGUGCCUCAAAGUGGGCAUGAGACGGGAAGCUGUACAGAGGGGCAGGAUGCCGCCCACCCAGCCAACCCAUGGGCAGUUUGCGCUGACCAACGGGGACCCCCUCAACUGCCACUCGUACCUGUCCGGAUAUAUUUCCCUGCUGCUGCGCGCAGAGCCCUAUCCCACGUCGCGCUUCGGCAGCCAGUGCAUGCAGCCUAACAACAUCAUGGGCAUCGAGAACAUUUGCGAACUGGCCGCACGGAUGCUCUUCAGCGCCGUUGAGUGGGCCCGGAACAUCCCCUUCUUCCCUGACCUGCAGAUCACGGACCAGGUGGCCCUCCUUCGUCUCACCUGGAGCGAGCUGUUCGUGUUGAAUGCGGCGCAGUGCUCCAUGCCCCUCCAUGUCGCCCCGCUCCUUGCCGCUGCUGGCCUGCAUGCUUCACCCAUGUCAGCCGACCGGGUGGUCGCUUUUAUGGACCACAUACGGAUCUUCCAGGAGCAAGUGGAGAAGCUCAAGGCCCUGCACGUCGACUCCGCCGAGUACAGCUGCCUCAAGGCUAUAGUCCUGUUCACCUCAGAUGCCUGUGGUCUGUCUGAUGUAGCCCACGUGGAAAGCUUGCAGGAAAAGUCCCAGUGUGCUUUGGAAGAGUACGUUAGGAGCCAGUACCCCAACCAGCCAACCCGGUUUGGAAAGCUUCUGCUUCGUCUCCCUUCCCUCCGCACGGUCUCCUCCUCAGUCAUAGAGCAAUUGUUUUUCGUCCGUUUGGUAGGUAAAACCCCCAUCGAAACCCUCAUCCGGGAUAUGUUACUGUCCGGCAGCAGUUUUAACUGGCCAUAUAUGGCAAUUCAAUAAAUAAAUAAAUCAAAAUAAGAAGGGGGAAUGAAACAGAGAAAGAAAAGGCAAAAGACUGGUUUUGUUGCUUAAUUUCCUUCUGUUAAGAAAGGAUGUUACAAGUUUGCUAAAAGAAGAAAGGGGAAGAAUUUAAUGGACUGAAUUUCAAAAAAGAAAGAGAGAGAGAGAGAGAGAGAGAGAGAGAGAGAGAGAGAGAGAGAGAGAGAGAGAGACUGUCAAAUGAACUUUUACAGAAUGCAUUAAAAAAGAAAACAACUCCUAUGUUGGGCAGAACAACUUGCUACUUAUCAUUUUUGUAUAAAAAGAAAUUAGUCUUUUUUCUUUUUGGUAAAUUUUUGAAAAAAUAUUGCUAAAAGUGCAUUUAAGGAGAUUGGGAGAAAAUUAGCAGAAUGGACAAAGUAAGUCUCUUUUUUUUUUCCAAAUUAUUAAUUGUCCUGUGUCUAUGUACCUCUAGCUGUUUUUUUGUUUUUUGUUUUUUGUUUUUUGUUU